AUGGACCCGGAUGAGGAUGAGCCCUUCGGGGGGGCCCUAAACAUAGGGUCAGAGACCACCGAAGCUGAAAGGGAGUUUGAAAAGGUUCUCGAACAAAUGAGAGAAGCCGAAGGCCUGAAGUUGUAUGCCGACGUGUAUACCAAGCUGUACGACUCGUACUACAAGCUGAAGGGCGAGAACAUCGCCCAUACACAGCAGAUAGAGUCGCUCGACCACAGACUGAAGCGUUUCGAUGAGACGGUCAACGAAUAUCUGGCUGAAAUAUCCGACUCCCACAAAACCAUCGAGAAAUUGCGAGCUGACAUCGACGAGGCCCGCGCCUUGGCCGACGCCAUGCAUGCACGAGAGUUGACCAGUGUGGAGAGCCUGGAGACCAUGAAGAAGACCGUCACCCGCCUGGAGAAGGAACUGGACGCUAGGAAGAGGGCUGGCGACGAUGACGCGGGAGCGACAUCAGCAGUGAAAGAGAAAGAGAAAUUCGAGAAAGAGAAGGCUAGACUCCAGGGUGAGCUGGACGGGGUGAAGCUGCGGCUCACCAACGCUCUGGGAUACGUUGAGGAGUUGGAGCAGAGGAACACUGUGGGAGACGAGACCAUUGCCAAGUUAGAGGAACAGCUGGAGGAAGCUGACAACAAUGCAGUCCGUCAGAACCGUCUGGUCGACCACCUCAAGGGUGAGAGUGCCACCCUGAAAUCCGAGGUGGAGAACAGGGGGAUAACUAUCGGGAACCUCAAUGACAAGCUAACAAAAGCCGAGAAAACCAUCGACCGCCGCGACAGACAGCUCAAAGACAUGACGAACAAGCUGGAGACGGCCCGAGCUGAAGAAGAAGCGGCGUUGGCCAAGGCGGCCCAGUUCAGGGAGACGCUGGAGUUGACCAACAUUAACUUUGAGAAGACCAAGCAAGCGCUGCACAAUACUACUAAGGAGUUGAAGAACAUGAUCGACGACGGCAACCGGCUGCGCAACGAAGUCAGCAAGUUGACCAAGCAGGCUGUGCAGCAGAUGAAGAAGUACACCCUGCUUGAACAGAACAAGGCUGCUGUGGAAUCUGAACGUGAACGCCUCCGUCAGCAAGUAAGCGUGAUGGAGCGCGAAAUUAUGCUGGGCAAGAAGCAGGCCGAAGCCGACCGCAGGGAGAUUGAGAACCUCAACCGGGAAAAAGACAUCCUGAAUAAGAACAUGCAGAAGAUUCAGAACGAAGCCCUGGAGAACCUGCAGAUGCUGCACCUGGCUGAACAGCGUCGCAAGCAGAUGGAGCACGAGCUCGAGAUGAGCGCCGGCCAGAUCAACAAGCAGCGGCUCAUCAUCCGGCAGCUGGAGAAGGAUAAGGACAGAAUGCUAGAAGAAACAAUAGCAUUAAACGAGAAAAUUGACGAAAUAUCAGAGGAGGUUCGUCUCCGCACGGCUGAUAUCCUGGACCUGAAGAAGGCUCUUCGCGAAGAGACGAUCAAAAGCCGAAAGCUGUCGGUCGCGCUGGACGCCACGAGAGCCGAGAGGAAUAUGCUGCACAAGAACUAUACUGAGGCACUGGAUGAGAUACAGGACUUGAAGCAGAAACUCAAGAUGCUAGCGUACCAAAUCGAGCAGCUAAAAGAAGACAUCAGCGGCAAGGAGUCCGGGCUGAAGUCGUGCGAAGGGACCCUUGCUAAGUGCAACAAGAAGAACGAACAACUCCGCAGCGAAGUGCAGGCGGGACUGACCAAGCUGUCCGAUGCGAGGGCGGACAUUGCUGCCUUGAAGCAGGAGGAGGCCAGGCUUAACAGGAUCGUUAUGGAAGGCGACACAGCCCGCGCCAAGCUGAUGAAGGAGUUAGAAGGUUUGAUGAACGAGCGCGACGUGGUCGGCGCGCAACUCGUGCGCAGGAACGACGAGAUUUCGCUGCUGUAUGAGAAGAUACGCAUACUGGAGGUCACCUUACACAGAGGGGAGCGUCAAUACGAACAAAGAGUUGAAGACAUUCGUUUGCUGAGACUGGAGAUUAUCCGACUUCGAAAGGAAAAGAACUUGCUCUCAAAAGGCAUUGAGAACAUGACCGAUUUGAGGCUUGAGGUGUUCAACUUGGAGCGGGAGCUCGGUCGCGAGAGACUGCGCGUCAGGGCCUUGGAGGAAGCCCUGGAGACUCCACUCAAUGUGCACCGCUGGAGGAAGCUGCAGGGAACCGAUCCGGAGAGCGUGCAGCUGACACAGAAGCUACGGCUCACGCAGAAAAAGGUGCUGGCUCAAAGUGAGAUGUUGGUGCUGAAAGACCGCGAGCUAAAGGAGACGCGCAACUUGUACAGCGCUGUCAAAGACAUGCUGGCUCUUCAGCCAAGCCCUGAAAUACAGCAAACCUUGAAUCGCACUCAGCGGGCAUUGGCUCAGAGGACUACUAAGAUGAAGUGCUUGAUCGCAGAGCUGAGCAUGCGUGAGAAGCAAGUGACCGACCAACGGUUAGAGCUGGAGCGAGUGAAUGGAGAGCUCCUCUCAUUCAAGCAGAAGUACUACGAGAUGAAGCGAGCGUUGGAUGCCGACGAGGCGCGGCGUUUGCGGGUGCCUUCGCCCCCAUCGCAGAACGCUAUGUUUUCGGCCAAAACUGGGACAUAAUGAUAGUAGAGACUGGAGAUACAGAAUCGAAAUACACUAGCUACCUCGCUCUUGGUUUACCAAGAGAGACAUUUAUGUCUGCAAGCGAGACAUAAAGCACUACAGUCCGAUUUUUAAAUCGGCAGAAU